GGCGGCGAGCAGGGCGGGGAACCGGGUUAGGCCUGUCUAGCCACCCCGGGAGCGGGGAAGGGCGGGCGGGGCCGCCUUUUCCCGGUCUCGCAGAGGCCCGAGCACCUGCGGGCGGCUGCGCGCUCUCCUGGCCAUGUCGGAGCCUCUGCCCGCCUUCCUCGACCGGCUGUGGGGGCCCUGGCUGGGUACUCGGACCCCGCCUCUGCGGGGGCUCAGCGCCGCCUCCCCUUCCAAGAGUUUUCUUGGAGGCUUUUUUGGACCCAUUUGUGAGAUCGAUGUUGUCCUUAAUGAUGGGGAAACCAGGAAAAUGGCCGAGAUGAAAACUGAAGAUGGCAAAGUAGAAAAACACUAUCUUUUCUAUGAUGGAGAAUCUGUUUCAGGAAAGGUAAACCUAGCCUUUAAGCAACCUGGAAAGAGGCUAGAGCACCAAGGAAUUAGAAUUGAAUUUGUAGGUCAAAUUGAACUUUUCAAUGACAAGAGUAAUACUCACGAAUUUGUAAACCUAGUGAAAGAACUAGCCUUGCCUGGAGAAUUGACUCAGAGCAGAAGUUAUGAUUUUGAAUUUAUGCAAGUUGAAAAGCCAUAUGAAUCUUACAUCGGUGCCAAUGUCCGCUUGAGGUAUUUUCUUAAAGUGACAAUAGUAAGAAGACUCACAGACUUGGUAAAAGAAUAUGAUCUUAUUGUUCACCAGCUUGCCACAUAUCCUGAUGUUAACAACUCUAUUAAGAUGGAAGUGGGCAUUGAAGAUUGUCUACACAUAGAAUUUGAAUAUAAUAAAUCAAAGUAUCAUUUAAAGGAUGUGAUUGUUGGGAAAAUUUACUUUUUAUUAGUAAGAAUAAAAAUCCAACAUAUGGAGUUGCAACUGAUCAAAAAAGAGAUCACAGGAAUUGGACCCAGUACCACCACAGAAACAGAAACAAUUGCUAAAUACGAAAUAAUGGAUGGUGCACCAGUAAAAGGUGAAUCAAUUCCAAUAAGAUUAUUUUUAGCGGGAUAUGACCCAACUCCAACAAUGAGAGAUGUGAACAAAAAAUUUUCAGUAAGGUACUUCUUGAAUCUAGUCCUUGUUGAUGAGGAAGACAGAAGGUAUUUCAAGCAGCAGGAGAUCAUUUUAUGGAGAAAAGCUCCUGAAAAAUUGAGGAAACAGAGAACAAACUUUCACCAGCGAUUUGAAUCACCAGACUCCCAGGCAUCUGCUGAACAGCCUGAAAUGUGAACUGAAUAGGAGAAAAAAAGAAAAACAAAAAACUCCUAUAUCCAUUGAGGUUACGUUCAGCAGGUUAAAGAUGGUUGCAGCUUGUAGGGGGGGAAAGGCCAAAACUCCAUUUAUAAUAGUCUUCCUUUAUCUUACAGUGCUGCAUUUAUUUUAUGAUACAACUAAAUUUUCUUCAUGUAUAUACAUUAAAAAAAAGCGCUUUCUUUGAAACACUGGAACUUUCUUAAGCUGCCAUUUUUUUUCUUUUUCUUUUUUUUUUACUGCACACUUUGAUUUGAUUAUAAGCACUCAGAUAUGCAUCAACAUAAACAUUAAAGAUUUUCACGUGAGUAGGCUGGUAUUUGUAAUUUGCUUUCUUCGUAAUGUUGAUUAUAAAUACUUUCUCCUUUUUCAUGCUAAUAAUUACCUCUUAUUCUCUACAUGCAAAAAAUUAAAUAUUUUGUGUUCAAAUAAAAGUAGAAAAAUUGAGUGGACCUUA